CCCCAACUACCCUACAUACCCCACCAAGGCACCACAAUAGAUUUCUUCCUUAUGGAGGAGAACUAUCCUAUAUACCAUUGCAGUUCCAAAGUCUCAGUUCCAGUGACUGGGCCCAAAUACAACUAAUAUUAAAGCACUACAUAGCCUCUAGUAGUUUUGUGUUAGUUACCUAGAGACCCCCUUAAGUAAUGUUAAAACUGUGUGAUAUGUAAGUAACUACUAAUGUACUGUUUCUGCAUGUUUCUGUAUAUCUGAUGCCGAUUUGAUCCACACACAUCUAACUACUGUCUACUAAAUGACGAAAUGACGUCAAGCUUCCCUAAUGUUUGUGACUGAUCUGAAAGUAGCAAUGAUCUAUAUUGUUUAUUUGCAUUUUAGUUUAAGCCUAGUGAAAAGUUCCUAUUUCUCUUUACAAUAACCAAAGCUAUAAACAUCAGGAUUUCAAGAUGCGAAAUUUCUCUCUCACGUGUAUGAGUGGAUGGGGGAGGCCCUCCCUCUGAUGAAUCGCUUUCCAGAACAUCCCAUCCACUUCAGACCAAAGCCACAGCGUGUGACACAAUACUGUAUAAGGGGCACUGGGCUGUAGAACAACAAGUGCCAGACAACAGCAGGAAUAUGGGCACAAGGCUGGCAGUUGUGGACACAGGACAGAAAAGAGCAGAGACAACAAAUCUAAUAAUACUAUGCAGAAGCAGACCCCAGAAACAGGCUGGAUCAGAACUGGAAGGCAACUUGGAAACAGGACUUGAGAGCUAUUUAAAAAGACCAAUUGCAGCGAUGAUCACACAGUUUGGAGGUUUUCCUGUAAACUGUCAUAAGAUGGCGCUCUCGGAUCUUCCCAGCACGCCACUGGCUCUUGAAUACCUCAAUGACUUUGACCUAAUGAAGUUUGAGGUAAAGAGAGAGCCACCUGAACCACGGAACAACCGCCUGGCCCCACCUCCAUCUCUGGGCUCUACUCCAUGCAGCAGUGUACCACCAUCGCCAACAUUCAGCGACCCCCCUGAGCCAGCAGGACCACCACGUCCUAGCCUAGAAGAACUUUAUUGGAUGGCAGCAUUGCAGCAGCAAAUGGGUGGGGAAGGACUACCACUAACUCCAGAGGAUGCCGUAGAGGUGUUAAUGGGUGGUGGAGCACCAUCCCUACAAGGGAUGGAGGGGGGAUACAGGACUGGGGGGCAGCAUCCCCAUAACACUCACUCUACUGGUUACCUGCUGAGUCCAGAAGAUAUGAAUGCACAGCAGCACCAGCUGUCUCCCCUGUCUGAACGUUUUUCUGAUGAGCAAUUGGUAGGAAUGUCUGUCCGGGAGUUGAAUCGACAGCUUCGGGGUUUCAGUAAAGAAGAGGCUUUGCGGUUAAAGCAACGCAGGCGCACAUUAAAGAACCGAGGUUAUGCCCAGUCGUGCCGGUACAAGCGGGUUCAGCAACGCCAUGUCCUGGAGACAGAAAAGUGUCAGCUCUCUCGUCAACUCCAACAACUGCAGCAAGAAGUGGCUCGCGUGACUCGAGAGAGGGAUGGUUGGCGAGCACGAUAUGAGAAACUGCUGAAUGCAACUGGAGGGGGGGCUGGGGCGGAUGUUCUGGGUGCAGGGGGAGACACGGGGCCUGGAGCUGAGCUCUUCCUGUGAUACUCAGAUAAAAAGACUGAACCCAACUUGAAAAGACAUUAAGUCAUGCAGGAGACUGACCUGACCCUUUACAUAAUAUACUUAUUAUAAAAUGCCCCUAAUGUGCAACAAAAAUGCUCUAGAGCCUUUCACUGCCAUUUCUUUAUUUCUCUGAGUAGAAAAACAUAAUUUAUCUUGAUUCAGUUAAUAUAUUUAUUCAUUCUCAGAGCUCAUACAUGAGGCACCCUUUAUAGCAAAAAUGCUAUUGGUUGCUAUAGUUGGCCCCCUUUAAAGGGGUACUCCAGCCCUAAGACAUCUUAUCCCCUAUCCAAAGGAUAGGGAAUAAGAUGUCUGACCGCAGGGGUCCCACCGCUGGGGACCCCCGCAAUCUUGCAUUCGGCACCCACCUCUUUGAGCUGCACGCCGCACUGCCAGCUCACAAACUGCCGGGUGCCGACCACAGGGCCGGAGUAUCGUGACGUCACGACUCUGCCCCCAUGUGACGUCCUUCCCCGCCCCCACUAUGCAAGUCUAUGGGAGGGGGCAUGAUGGCCAUCACCCCCCCUCCCAUAGACAUGAAUGGAUGGGGCAUGGCGUGACAUCAUGAGGGCGUGGCCGUGACAUCAUGACCACUGCUGCCGGAACCCAGUGUUUGUUUAGAAUGCCAGGUGCUGUGGAAGGGAUUGCGGAGGGCCCCAGUGGUGGUACCCCCACAGUCAGACAUCUUAUCCCCUAUUCUGUGGAUAGGGGAGAUGUCUAGCAGCGGAGUACCCCUUUAAUGCUUUCCAUUCAGGGAGAACUUGUCCUUGACUAUAUUGAGAACACUGCCACUGAUUCCAGUUAAACAGCUCUAUCUGAAGAGAAUUUGUCAAACUGUUUAGACCUUUUUUUUGUCAAAAUUUUGCGCAUGAAAUGUCACAGAAGGCUGACCGUGCAACAAUUCAGUGACCUUUCGUUUAGAGCUUGUCCAAACCUUAACUGGAAAGUGUCCUCAUUUAGAGCACUUUGUGCAGUGGUCAGGGAUUUAUCAUGUGCAACUUUUGUGGAAAUGUGGCAGGUUUGGUGCAACACCCGUCAUUUAUACGCUAACUCUGGCUAACUUCUACCAGCCCUAAAAAGUCAUCUGAACUGAUAGCAUGACUUGCUGUGAGACAGAUUCAUCAAGUGUC